AUUCUCCCUGAGUCUGUCUGUCUCUCUCUCUUUUCCCCCCUUCAGAAUGCGUAUCUAAUAGCAACCAAUGACUUUUCCUAUUUUCUCACUUGGAAUCUGUUUUGGAGCUUGGAAUUGCUAUCUCACUUGAAUCAGUAACAUCUCUUGACUUGAAGGAUUUGAAAGUGACUUUGAGGAACAUUACCACCAUUUUGAAAAAAAGUUCCACUUUCAAAGCACUUGAAAAGAAAAAGUUUGAGGGGGAUUCCUAAAGCUGUAUUGCAGCUUGCAGGGGAGCGUUUGCUGUCCGCUGAACACUGUCAAUUGGCACAUGUGAAUCACUCCGUUGUAACAUCCUAGCUCCUGAACUGCCUUAGAGAAAAGCAUUACUGCUAAGUAACUUCGUUUUAUUUCUUGAAGAUAAAAUGAGCCAAAGCACAUUUAAUCAAAGGGAUAGCGGAAGUUCUAUUUCUUGAGCAAAAGAGAACAGUAGUCCCAAAAUACUAUUGUAGCAAUUCUUGCUUUGAAUGACUUAAAGGAAGGAGCAGCACCCAGAAGAUGGAAAUUAUGAAUGCUUUCAUAGCAUUGACUAUUUUUAUUGUCCUUGAGAAUCUUGAACCUCUAAGAGGAGCCAAGCUGGUCCUGCUGAAUAAAGAAAUCCACGUUGAAAGAGGACGCACUGCGUACAUAACUGAAAAUGAGCUACAGUUCAAUAUUUCUAAGGAGAGAGAUUCUUGCAAGGUAGAGGUGGUUUUAAAUGAGCCUGUGACACAAAGAGUUGGGAAACUUACACCUCAGGUAUUUGAUUGCCAUUUCUUACCCAGUGAAGUGAAAUACAUCCACAAUGGUUGUCCACUGCUAAAUGAAGACCGUGUGAUGUUGAGAGUAUACAGGUUUACAGAACUGGAGACUGCUGUAGAGAUGUUUACUCUUCAUAUAGUGAUAAGAAGUCCCAAACCGAGUCUUGUUCAGUUUGGACAAGCAUCUCUAGAAGUUCCAGAAUUCUUUGGGAUUUCUCAGCCAAUUGACAGAAACAUUUUGACUUUCAAGUACAAUGGUUUAGGUAAAGCCUGCACAGUGAGGAUCUUGUCGUCUGAAUUACUGUUUCCUGCUGUUGGGCAAGUAGUUGUUGAGGACUCUAAAAUACAGAAAAGUGAAGAUGUGUCAACAUACACCAAACAAAAAAAAGCUGGACAACCCAAACCGCCUUGUCCCAGCAAUGGUGCCUGCCAUUCAGGAUUAAAAGAAAUACACCUUCUAAAGAUGAGCUGUGAAGACUUUCUGGAGAUGAGACUUAGGUACCAACACCUCAGUCCCCCAUCACCUGAUAAGGAUUAUAUAUCCAUACAAGUAGAAAUCAGAGACAAAAAGAGCAGAUUUCAGCUACAGGCAGAAAAUGUGUGGAUUCCUGUAAGGAUAAAAGGGGCCAUUCCAAACAGACAACCUCAAGCUGCAUUCAUGUCCAUGUUCAUCUUGGAGAUAGAUGAGUUCAUUCUUACUCCUCUCACGACAGUGACUUUGGAUGCCGAAGAUGAAGAAACCCCGAGGGAAAGAUUGCUAUUCAACAUUACUAAACCUCCUCCUCAGGGAUAUGUUACCCACCUGGAUGACCACUCCAAGGCCAUUACGUCUUUCACUUGGCAGGAUUUGUAUGAUACAAAAGUUGCUUUCCAGCCAUCUAAUAUCUCUCAUUCUGAGAGGCAGAACUAUGAGGUUGAGUUUCAAGCAAUUGAUAGCCUCUUCAUGAACAGCUUCCCUAUCAUGGUCCAUUUUUCAAUUCGAAGUGCAGUAACAAAUGCUCCUAGAGUUGCAUGGAACACAGGGCUUGACUUGUUGGAAGGACAGUCUCGUCCAAUUACCUGGGAGUCUCUUCAGAUUGUAGAUAAUGAUAACCUUGAUGCUGUUCAGCUGCUUGUGGUGGAAGGCUUAUAUCAUGGCUGGCUCACAAUCAGAGGUAACAAAGGCUUCAGGUUUUCAGUGAAAGAUCUCAGGGAUGGAGUUGUCCGUUACCAUCAUGAUGACAGUGAUACAACCAAGGAUGACAUAGUCUUCAGAAUUUUUGAUGAAAAGCACAGUGCUAGACACAGAUUUCCUAUUAACAUUCUUCCAAAAGAUGACACCCCACCAUUCCUAGUGAACAAUCUUGUAUUUGAGUUGGAAGAAGGCAUCACAGUUCUUAUUGAAAACCAUAUGCUUAUGGCUACUGAUUUUGAUUCAAGUGAUGAUUAUAUCCUCUACAAAAUAUCCAAGCCACCCAGUGCUGGAGAACUUAUUAAGCAACACUUCCCAGAUGGACCAGGUAUUCCUGUGUUUAGCUUUUACCAAAGAGAUCUCUUCCAUGGGCUUAUUUACUACCGUCAUUUUGGAGGGGAAAUUUUUCAAGACUCGUUUGAGUUUAACUUAGCUGACAGCCAGGAACCACCAAAUCUCUCAGAUCCUCAGAUUGUGAUGAUUCACAUCAUGCCAGUGAAAGACCAUUUGCCAGAAGAAGUCCCUGGGACAACAAGGCACCUUGUGGUCAAAGAAACAGAGAUAGUACAUAUCACAAAGGACCACCUCCAUUUCACAGAUGCCGAAUCGCCAGACAGCCAACUUAUGUAUACAGUUACAAAGCCAUGUUUCUCUCCCGCUUCCCCUGGGGUGUAUGAUGCAGGAAAGCUUAUUUUCACAGACAGCAUGAAAAAUUUUGUGAAAAAUUCUUCUAUUCCUUUCCUGUCAUCUUUCACACAGCAUGCCAUAACGCAUAUGAAAGUGGCGUACAUGCCCCCAUUGAUGGAGAUGGGCCCUGACCCAUUGUUUGUACAGUUUGAAUUCUCUGUCAGUGACCAGCAGGAAGGAGUGAUGACUGGUCUCCUCUUUAACAUCACAGUGAUGCCUGUGGAUGAUGAAGCACCUGAGAUUUUCACCAAUCAUCUGAAAAUAGAGGAAGGUACCAGCACAUUCAUCACUGAAGAACAUCUAAUGGUAACGGAUGUGGACACUAAGAACAGUGAUAUCCAAAUUGAAUUGAAGAAAUUGCCUUUACAUGGACACAUUGAACUACAUGGACUUGUUAUGUCAGAAGGGGAUAAAUUUACCCUUUGGGAUUUACACUCUUCCAAAGUUCGGUAUCAGCAUGACAGUUCAGAAACCCUUGAAGACAGAAUAAUAUUUUCAGCAACAGAUGGAUUUAACACUGCAGAUGGAACACUGAGAGUACAGAUCAUACCAGUAAAUGAUGAGCCACCAGAGCUGCAACCUGGUUUAAGAUCAAGUCUGGAGUGCCUGGAAGGAGAGCGAGUCUUCAUCACGGCUGAAUACCUCUAUGCAACAGAUGCUGACAGCGAAGACUCCAGACUCAUCUAUAUGAUUGCCAGGGCUCCAAAGCAUGGGGUUAUUCAAAAGGAUGGCUUUGUGGUGGAGAAGUUCUCUCAACAUGACAUUACUCAAGGAUCCAUCUCCUAUGUGCACACAGGAGGAGAAAUAGGUCAUAGUUAUCUCACGGACAGCGUAACUUUGAUAAUCUCAGAUGGAGAAGCUGGAACAGUGGAUGGUUGUUGUGCUGACGCAAAUUCCCCACCACCUGUACCACUUCAUCCCAGUUUACCAGUGUAUGAUCUAAACAUCUCUGUGGUGCCCAUUAACAACCAGAGGCCAACCAUUCAAACUGGAGAGAUGUUUGUGGUAGAAGAGGGGUCUUCAGCAUGUGUCAGUUUAAAAUAUCUGGAUGCCUCAGACGAAGACACAACUCCAGAGGAGCUAACUUUCUUCUUGGAAACUAGUCCUCAGUAUGGAUACUUGGAGAACAUCCUUCCUACACCUGGACAUGAGAAGAGCAAUGCUGGAGUUAAUAUAAGUGUGUUCACUUUUCAGAGUCUCCAGGCUGGUUAUAUCAAUUACGUUCAGUCAAAGCAUGAGCAUUUAGAACCCUCCUCUGAUCACUUCAUGGUGUCUGUUAGUGAUGGCUUUCAUAAAUCUUUGGCAAUGCCUUUCUACAUCAUCAUUGAUCCGGUAAAUGAUGAAAUCCCAAGCCUGCAACUUAGGAACCUAACAGUAAUGGAAGGUGACAUUAAGGCAAUGGGUCCUGGCACCAUCAAUGUUGAAGAUUUUGACGUCCCUCAAGAUGUGCUGAGAUUCUACAUUGCUACUCCACCUCGCCAUGGUGUGAUACUAAAUGGAAUUUACGGCAGAGAUACUGGACGUUACAAACAACUAAGCCCAGCCGUACUCCAUAAAGAUUUAGAAAUCCACAGCUUUACACUGGAAGAACUUAAACAAGGACUGAUGCUUAUGUACAUGCAUGAUGACACAGAAAGCCUAGAGGAUAGUUUCACCAUUCAGCUGACAGAUGGCAAGCACACAGUCCAAGGGACACUUUACAUCUUCAUCCCGCCAGUCAACGAUGAAAUCCCUCAUCUUUCCAGGAACACAGGCUUGGAAGUUGAAGUUCAUGAGAACAAAGUUAUUUCCAGUGUGUCAUUAGAAGCUGAAGACAAAGAUUCUUUGAGGAAUCAGCUCCAUUAUGUCAUAAACAACAAGCCAAGAUAUGGACACCUGAAAUUAAAGACGGCAUCAGCUUGGAGCACUCUGCAUCCUGGAAUGAAUUUCACUCAAGACGACGUGGACAUGAACCGCCUCUGGUAUUUCCAUACGAACGUACUGAGUCCAGAAAGUCACGACAGCUUCCGAUUUUUUGUGACAGAUGGGAAGAACAGAUCUCCACCAGAAAGCUUCUAUAUUUUCAUUAAAAGUGUGGCUAAAGGUGACAUUGUUCUAUUCACCAAACCUGUAACUUUAACAGAGGGUGACAGGGUGACCUUGACGACAGAUGUUCUUAUGGCAACAGAUGGCACUGGCAAACCCGGGAAGCUGCUGUAUGCCAUUUCUGUGCCACCUGUGCAUGGUCAGAUUGAGUACAUCAAUUAUCCCGGCGUGCCCAUUUCCCGCUACAGCCAGUUGGAUGUCGUGGCCCAGAAGGUUUGCUACGUUCACGACAAUAGCCAUGAGGCUAGCAAGGACUCAUUCAGUUUUACCAUCAGUAAUGGUCAUAUGGAGAAAAAAGGCCUCCUAGAAUUGAAUAUUGAGCACAACGACCAGAUUCCGCCUACACUGCUCACAAACAAAGGACUCCAUAUUGUGGAGGGGAGUAUAGGUUUUUUAACUUCCGAUAUUCUUCAGCUUACAGAUGUAGACAGUCCAGUGAAAAACCUCACCUAUAUCAUCACACAGUAUCCACAAUACGGACAUUUAUACAUGGGGGAAACUGUCAUCUACCCUGGCCAGUUUACACAGGUGGAUGUGGAUAACGCAAAAGUGUACUACAAGCACAGUAGAGGAGGUGGACACAUUGAUAAAUUCUCAUUUAGAGCUACGGACAAAGUCAACCAUGGAUUUUUGGUUAAUGGACAACUGACAGAUGCCUCCACAGAAUUUACAAUACAGGUAGAAUGUCAAGAUAAAAUGGUUCCAAAACUCAUUGUAAAGGCAAGCCCAACCACUAUACAAAACCUGAAAGACGGGAGGUUUGCAAUACCGAUCACUGUUCACAACUUGAAAGUCACAGAUGCCAAUAGCAGAGAUGAGGAACUCGUCUUCAGUGUUCGGAGACAUCCUUUCUUUGGACAUCUUGAAAAUUCUGGAACAGGCCGUCUUCUGCAAAACUCUUUUACACAACGUGACUUAAACCAGCACAAUAUUCGGUACAUCUUAAAUCCUACCACUGAGGUAACUUCAGAUACCUUUGAAUUUGAAGCUUCAGACAAAGCAGGCAACACAAUAGUCCCAGAAAUUCUUGAAAUAAAAUGGUCCCGUAUAGAACUGGCAGAAACAUGCUAUCGAGUCUGUGAAAACAUUAGGUCUCUUCCUAUUAAGCUUCAACGAACAGGAGAGAGCGCAGAGCCCUCAUUUGUUGGAAUAAAGGUCCAAGAAGUAUCAGCAAGAGUUGGCUUGGACUUCAAACACAGUACAGCGAGAUUAGUGCAGUUUGAUCCUGGUGUUUCCUUCAAGAUCUGGAAUAUCCUGAUUCAGGAUGAUGGCCUUGAAGAGAACAACGAAGUGUUUAAAAUAACACUGAACAAGCCUAAAAAUGCAAUACUGGGACGCAAGAGGGAACUGACUGUUGAAAUUCUCGAUCCAAAGGCUGGCGACUGUGAUUCUUCCACAACAUUCCAAGAUGGAGGCACUCAAAAAAUGUUGGAAAGGACUAGUAGGAUUUCAGGAAGUCUGCUGUCUGCUGGCCGUUCCCAUAAAGCAAGCGAAAGAGCAGAUGUCCUUCGUGAAGAACAUCUGAACAAUAAGAAUCUUCCCCAUAAUCAUCAUGGUUCUUUGGCCAGAGGAGAUAUUCCACAGACAGGACACCUGCCUGAUCAUGUAAAGAUGGAUUUCCAAGUUCUUGCUGAUUCUAAGCAUCAAGCAGCUCAACACAAUCCUCCAAUGUACCAAGGAAUUACACCAACAGGAGCUGGUGGACAAUUCAUCUUGCCAUCUGCCGUCAGGGCAGCUGCUAGAGAGCCUGUGCCUGUUUUACCUUUUCACCUACAACACCAAAGUGACCUUCCUCAGAGAGAUUUGGGCAUGAAGAAUGAACCUGUCCCAUUACAGCCGAGUACAAAGCAGAGAACUAAAUCCAGGAAGUGCCCUUCCAGUUGGACGCUCAGAGACAAGCACUGCUACAUUUUGAGCUCCAUUAGAAAUGCAUCCUGGGACAGUGCUGAAAAAGCCUGCAGGAAAUGGUCCCAGGGCCAUUUAGCCAGUGUUCAUUCCCCAAGGGAGAUGGCAUGGCUUUGGAAAUUUGCCAAUAAGCAGCCAUUUUGGAUUGGAUUAAACGAAGGUAAAACGGGCAGCUGGAUGUGGAGUAAUGGCCGACCAGUGACUUUCCAUAACGUCAAAAGCAGGCCGCAACUAAGCAAGACUGCUGAACAGAAAUGUGCUUUUGUGAAAAAGCAGAAGAAAUGGGUUGCAAGGCUAUGCAGACAAAGGCUGAAAGGAAGAUAUAUUUGUUCCCUUCCUUCAUUAACUGACACUUCUCUCGAAAAUACAAAAACCGUUUAGCUGGUAUGUAAAGUUGGCAAGAAAAUUGCACAAGAUUAUUACCAGGAGAUGAGGAGAAACAAGGCUACAACAAAUUCUAGCCAUGAAGUCAUGCAAGACACUCAUUGUAAAACUGCUUUGGAAAACAUCUCAAAGGAGAAACGUAAAGAUUCUCAGUACAUCAGUACUCAUUUCUCGCCAGAUUCUGCAUAUUCAAAGAUUUACAAGUUGCUGAAGACAGCAAACAUCUUUGCAAUGAGCAGUAUUGGAAAGGGUUGUUUUGUGUUUCUUUGUUUUUGAGUAUAUCCAUUUACAUCUGUGUAGAUCCAGGUAGCAGUGGGCCAGGAAUUAGGCUUAGUGUUAGUCUUGCUGGUGGAGGUAACCUGUAUCUCACAAAAAAAUGAAAGUUAUGCUGAUAUUCAUGCUUCAGUGGAACAGAAGAGCAUGAGGCCACAGGACAGAAAAAAUAAUGUUAUUCAAAUAUAAAAGGGAAAAAAAAUGUUCAUAAGUUAAGAAUGGGAAAUACUGAAACUAAUAUUUUAGUUAAUUAUUAGCCUCGAGGUUUACCUGCUAUUUUGGAUAAAUGUUAGCUUGGUGGUUUAUAUUUUCAUGAAACAUGCAUAGAAGGGGGAAUAAGAUCUUGCCCACUCAUGUCUUCUGACCACACCUCCAGUCCCUUGCUUUUAUCAUAACCUGUGAAACAGCCUACAGCCACAAACACUGUGAAUCUGUUCUGGGACCAUAUCUAUUCAAGAGUCUCAUAGUAUGUAUAAACACCCCCCACCCAUUUUUUACAAACCUAAUAUGUGCAUAGGCUGUCUUUUUAUAUACUUAUUUCAAAUAGAAAUGCCAACUAAGGUAAAAGGGAUAUCUAUAAUGGAACACUGCAGAACAAAUUUCCAUACCAAAUAAAGUAUAACAGAUCAACAUCACAAGGUCCCAAGCACCACACAUGGGUUUAUAUUAUCCUGCACCUUGUUGCUCCAGAAAUGGCACGGUUUCUCUCUAAAAACAUUACCUUGCUGUCUACCUUCUCUGGUUCUAACCAAAGAUUAUUGCAGGAAGGCAAGAUCUCCCUUUACAUAAUUUAUCUUUCUUUCUCGUUGGAAGUCAGCAUUGUACACAAGCAGUUUGGCUUCUGGUUAAUCAUAAGAGUGGUGGGGCUCUGCAUUUUAAUCCUAAACCAAUUAUCAGGAUUUGCUAGUGCACCAUUAGAUUCCAAGGAAUAAAACUCAAGGGCAACACAAAGGUCUCAGACAGGAGCUCAAAGCUCAGUCUGGGUCUUGCUGAAGGUGAAAUCCCAGACUUUGCAAUUUGGUAAUUUUAAAAAAUAAACACAAGACUGCCUGCCCCAUCCCAAACACACAAGUUUCGGAGGCGAGGAUCUCAGUUUAAUUUCAAUUUUAAUUGGCCAUAUGGCGUUCUUUCCUUUUAAUAAAUAGGCAUAAUUAGUGAGAUUUUAGGGCUUCAAAAUACCAUAAGAACAUAAGAGCCGUGCUGGAUCAGACCAAAGUCCAGCAUCUUUGAGUGCAAUUUGAUCAUAGUGUCAGCUUCCAUAUUAUUGGCUCCUGAUACACGGAAAUGAAACUGCUAAAAUUUAAGACACCUGAAAUUUAAGUUCAAAUCAACUUUGAAAUAGGCUGAGGAUCAAAAUUGAAACACCACCCAAUAAUGCUUUAUAGCUGCCUAUUAUAUACAUACAUAACUGCAGUGCUUUUUCCCCUGGGGUACUCAAUGGUACCCAGUACCAGACCCUUUUCCUGCAUAUCUGCAUAUACUGAGGUAGUGGAUUAUCCUGCCCUUUAUCAUCGAUAAGAAAUGAAACUCAGGUUAGGUCAUGAGAUAAAAGGAAUUAGGCUAUGAGGUUAUGAAAACAGGUUUUGCUCUUAGUGGGCUUCCAAUCAGUUCAGUGGAACAAAGUAAAUAACCUUUAAUCUAUCACACAUUGUAUGGCAUUGGCAGGGGGAACCUGCCUUUGGCACUGGGGUCACUAGGGGGAGUUUGCAAGUUCAGCUCCAACCCCCAUGGUGUCCCCAAAUUAAUCUCUCUGGGGUUUUUCCUAUUUAAAGGAGGAGCUACAGUUUAUCCUAUGUGGACUGUAGUGAACAGAGGGCCCUGGAUUUGCCUUCAAGGGCAGCCAUGUCUGUAGUAGCGUUCAGUCCCUCUGGCCUACCUGCAAAAAUCAGAGCAAUAUUCAAAUUGAAUGAAUGAUUUAUGGCAGUCCUUUUAAUGGGUUCUGUGAUACCAGUUAUAUGGCUGAAAGGGACUUGCAACAUAUGAAACAGGCAAAGUUACUUGAUUUCAGAUUCAGUUAUUAGUGAGGUAGGUGAUAGUGACUUUAGCAAACUACAAUGAUAAAAUAAUGGAAAUUUGAAAAUCAGUAAUGAAUUCACCACAUAUAUUUGGCCAAUGCACCAUACAUUUAAAUUCAAUUUCAUAGCUAUGGACUGUGAAGACAAUUUAGUUAAAAGUCUUACGUCUACCCUUUUCUUCCAAAUAUUCUAUUCAACAUGUUAUACACUUACCAGUAGACAGAUGUGGUGUCAAUUUUAUACUUACCAGCAGAUGUGCUGUUAACUGCCUAUUCUGGUAAUACAAUAUGCAAUGUAAAGCCCCUCAGAUGGAAAUUUAUAUUAGAGUUGAAAUUGUCGUCCCCCCCUUAAAGCUGCAAAUCACCAGAAGAUACAGUAAAAUUAACAUAUCAUCUCUAUUAUUACUUUAUGGGACUUUUCAUCUUGUUGAAUUGCAGUUUUGAAGUUGGAAAAAAGUCUGAUCCUGCAACUAUUAAAUAACUGCAUCAAAUUACUUGUGUCUACUCAUGCUAGGAAGAUAACCCCACUUCCUAUAACCUAAUUUGGAGGGGAGGAACUGCCAAGGCGGUCUUUGAAACAAAACAUAUUCAGAUUCAGAUUCAGUUUCUUCACAUGUUCUAGGUUCAUGAGGCUUAGCCUGAAAAUGGCUACUCUAAAAAGUAAAGCAGAGGUAUGCAUAUGAGGUGGGUUAGAACUCAUGAAUUUCACCAUAGGGGAGAUGUAAGAGGUACCACUAUGUACAAGAACCAGGGAAGAAAAUGUGGGUAACACUCUUGUAUACCCCACAUCUCUGUAAAGUUAACUUGAAAGUUAUAUGGUAAAGAAAACAAGAAACAACCAUUGAUUUGAGCACUGGAUGCUGAAAUGCACCUCUAAACCUAAAAAAUGCUAAAUACAGUAUGGAUGGGAUCGCAUUCAAUAUGCAUACAUAUGCAUAUAUGCAUAUGUAUUUUUUCAGAUCUGUGGCACUGAAGCAAUAAUCAGAGUUCAGAUUUGUGCUCACGUCCAUUAGCAACACGGGUAGCAAAUCCCUAUUUGUUCUUUACUGCAUGUUGAAAAUUUACAGGACCACAAUCAGCUCAGGAGGAGUUGAGUGUAAUGCUUAUUUUGAAUUUAUGCUGGCCAGCGUGAAUCAGAUCAUGUGAAUUGGAUGCUAUAUUAUCUUUGGCGAUGCAAUAUGAUUCUUCUUGAAUGACACAUGGAUGACUAUUUAAUUUGCAGUACUUCUACAGGGUCUGAUAGGAAAGAAUAUAGUAUUUUAACAUGUUUAUCAUCUCCAAUGAAUGAGAAUUCUUAUUAAACUGUUUAUCAGUUAAGUGGGUCCUGUAAAGCUGAGUCUGCUUCCAGAUUUCUGAGUCCCCAAGGUGUAUCAGAUAAUUUAUCUGGUAGGAUUAUGUUGAUUUUAUCAAUCUUUAAAAAUGAACACAGAGAUAUGAAAUGACACCUGUUGACAACUAAGUUGCAAUGUGAACCCUGGGUUAAAUAUUCUCCAUUUAGGUUAUUUGCAUGAGAAUGCACGGGGCUGCUAGGUCAGACCAAUAGUUCUUCUAGCUCUGCAUACUGCAAGCAUAGGCAAACUCGGCCCUCCAGAUGUUUAGAGGCUACAAUUCCCAUCAUCCCUGACCACUGGUCCUGUUAGUUAGGGAUGAUGGGAGUUGUAGUCCCAAAACAUAUGGAGGGUCGAGUUUGCCUAUGACUAGCAUACUGUUUCCAACAGUGGUCAGCCAAAUACGUCUGGGAAUCAUACAGGUACAGUAUGGUGGAAAUGACGUUCCACUUUUGCUUCCUGUCUAACAGCUUUUGACACAUUCACCUUCCAUGAAUUCACCUAAUACCGGGAAUUGGGGAACCUGUAGAUAUAGGGUUGAGAAAACAACUCCCGUCAAGCCCCAGCAUAUAUGGCCAGUGGUCAGGGAUGAUAGACAUUUCAGUCCAGCAACAUCUGGACAGCCAUAUCUGACCUAAUCAUUUUUUUUUUUAAGAAGUCAUUUAAGUUAUUAAGAAUUCAGGUGCGCCCUGUCCUGUGCAUCUUGCAAAAUGCAUCAUGGCUCCAGGGAUCUAGUUGUAAUUUUGGAAGCUCAUCAUUUGCUCCCAGUGGCAAGAGUACCACCAAGCCUGUGUACCUCAGGCUGCUAAUCCCAUCAGCAUUAUAAAAGAAUCAUUAAUAUCCCAUAUUCAUAAUCACACUAAUGGAUGGCAUGCAUAAGGAGCAUGCAUUAUUAAAGGGAGAGUUCUGAAUGUGUUGUAGGAGGGGAAUUCAUUUUUGACUGACAGUCAUGUAAACCAAACAUCCAUAUCCUUCACAGUUUCAAUUUGGCAGAAUUGGUGUUAUAGCCCAGAGCGAAAACUCUACCGAACAGGUUUAGACUAUUACAUUUUAAUCUCCCUUGCUACAUUUCAUUCACUUUCAUAAUUUUCUUUUCUGCCACCCUCUGAAAGGAAAUCUUCUCGUGGUUCUUUCCUUUCAUUAGUGAAAUCAUAAAAUAAUAAUAAUACAUUGCACUUAACAUCUAUCAACAGUGCCCAUCACUCUGAUAUAUGUAGAGUCCCCCCCCCACCUCACACAGAAAUGACCAGUCAGUAAAGUUUCCGAAUAUUGAAAAGGUCAAAGUACUACAAGGCUCUAUUAUUUUCACUUAGAAAUAUUUGAGACAUAAAAAUAGUAGUGGUGGGAAGGAUGUAAAAUGGAACAUAUUCCCUUGAUGGCCCCAGCACUGUCACCAUGCAAUUUUUUUUACCCCUCAAUCUAUUUUUAUUUUUUAAACACCCUAUUUUUAGAGAAUUAUAAUUAAAUAGGCAUAUAGGCCCUCAGCAAAAUGCACAUUGGUAGUAACAUAAAAAUGAGAAUAUUCUUAGAGAAGGAGUCCAAUAUAAUAAAUACAUCAACCAUAAGAAUAUCAAGUACAAAAGUUAACAUUAAAAAGAGCUCUAGAAAGACUAGGCUGUAUUUCACUAAUAAUGGAUGUCACAUGACACUUCUAUUACAGUAGUUGCGCUUGCUGUGUUAACUGUAUACUUGUAGUCUAACUCAGGGUUCUUCAACCUUGGGUAUCCAGAUGUUGUUUGACUACACGUCCCAUCAUUCCUGACCAUUGGCUAAACUAGUCAUGGGUGUUGUAGUCCAACAGUCCUGAACUCAGGCACAGCCAGCCCUCUGGCUACCUGAUUGGCUGAUUCAAAACUAUGGGCUGGCUGGCUAUUGUGCCUUCCUUUGCGGCCAGCUGGGGGAAUUCUCCAGCAGCUGAUCACACAAUGGAGAGGCAUCUUGUUCUGUGGAGCCAAGGGUCUGCCAUGAUGGGCCACAACUGCCACCUACCCAAAGACUGGGUAAGCAGCCAUUAUCAUCCAACAGCAUCUGGGAGACCCAAGGUCAAGGAACAAUGGUCUACGCAACCUUUUUUCCUUUCUAUUAAUGGUAGCCAUGCUUGCACAACACAUAUUUUCCCACCUGAUGCUCUGUGUUACUUUCCUGUGAGAAGCUAUUUGCCACACUUUUGCACUUCACCGCAUCAGACUCAAUGAUAUGCUUUCCUGCUGUCUUAUAUAAUAAAUGUUCUUCACAUCAAGAUAAUGCAGUGUUGCUUUGGUCUCUGCUUUUAUAAAGUGUCAAGUUAUGGUGUGAAUAAGCUUGCUGUACAGAAGUCCAAAACCCUGUUAAUUAAGCCACAAUAAUAUCUACUGUUGCCUUGAGACAGACCCAAUUUAUUUUUUCAGCAAAAGAAUCUUUUGUGUUUGUAUUUUUUCCUGUGUACAUCCAUUAGUGCUGGAAGCAUUUGCAACAUUAAUUGGUAAACAUUAUUAUCUUGAACAUUUUUUUUAUGCUGUGAAAAGAAAUAUAAAGGAAUUAAGGCAUUCUCUGGACUUAAAGAACAACUCUGUACGUCCUUAAGUGGCUCUCUUUAUUAAUAUGAUAUGGCAAAUGUUUGUUCCUGUUUAUUAAAUCACAUGAAAGGUUAAUUAUG